UAAAGCACAAAAGUGGCAGCAGCCGCCUCCGCUCCCGCCGGGCCCCCAAAUCCCAGGGAUUGUCCCCAAAACCAUGGCAAAGUUUCUGUCCCAGGAUCAAAUUAAUGAGUUCAAGGAAUGUUUUUCCCUGUACGACAAGAAACAAAAAGGGAAGAUCAAAGCCUCGGACCUGCUGGCAGUGAUGAGGUGCCUGGGAGCCAGCCCCACGCCGGGAGAGGUGCAGAGACACCUGCAGCUGCACAGGAUUGACAGGAACGCCGAGCUGGACUUCUCCACCUUCCUGAACAUCAUGUACAGGCAGAUGAAGCAGGAGGAGCCCGAGGAGGAGAUCCUGAGGGCCCUGGCCAUGAUUGACCGGCAGAAGAGAGGAGUGAUCGCCGUGCCCGAGCUGCGCGCCAAGCUCACCCGGCUGGGGGAGAAGCUCUCCGAGGAGGAAGUGGAUGACCUGCUCAAAGAAGCCAAAGUUGGGCCAAAUGGAACCAUCAAAUACGAGGAAUUUGUGCGCCUCAUUUGCCUUCCCUCGGUCGACUACUGAAACCCAGAGUGGGAUUUGCUAAGAGCAGCACCUGGAGGGUUUUUAUUUCUAUUUUCCCCACUUUCUAGUCAGACUCAGGAACCAUCAGUUGCCUUUCAAAACCUGAUUUUGCCUUCAUUUAGUGCUGACACUUCCAUAGGUUCCCCCCUGAUUCCUGGAAAAACAAGAAAUAACAUUAUUUUAUAUAUCUGUUAUUAUAGCAAUAAUAACUGUUAUUGAAAUAAACUGAAUGUGACAACA